AUGAUUGUAAUCCUACGCUCCCAUUACGACCUGCCUCAUUUGGGAUUCAGGUGUUGUGGUUUCCUUGCUACAGUUCUGCAUCGCAUGCUGGCGUCUUCGGAGUUUAAAUCUACACACCCCGGAGACAGCCGAGGAAUUAUGGAUGGCGGUGAUUCUCCGGCAACGGUAGGAGCAGUAGAGGCAUGGGAUAGUGGUGAUGAUGGUGGCGGUGGUGAUAGCCACGAAGGUGAUUUUGUCAGUGUUGCCGAGGUAUACGAGAUGGCUGCAGCAAUUGGCAAGGAAUUUGAGGUUAUUAUAGACCGUCAUGGUGGUGAGACGGUGUGCGGACUCAUGCCGAAAGUAAUCCAGGUGUUGGAAGAGUUGGAAGAACAGGCCACUCGUCGCGACAAUCAGUUAGCAGAGCUGACAACACUGCAGGCAGCAGUUGAACGAUUAGAGGCGGACAAGGUCACUCGCACUCAGCAGCGGCUCAAGGAUGAACAGGAUACCUUGAAGAUUGAGGAAAACUGGCGUGCCGAGACGUCUGAAUUGCAGAAAAUAAUUGAGAAACUUGAUGAAGAAAAUGCACAACUCAAGGAAACACUUGAAUCUGCCAAGCAUGCCAAGCAGUAUCGACUAACUCCUAUUCCCUCAGCACCUCAGCAAAACGCAGAAGUAAACCUUCUUCGACGCCUGAAAGAUGUAAUCGACGCUCAGAGGGUGGAAUUACGAUCUCAGCGGCGAAUCCUCACCCAACGGACAAUUGAUCUUGACGCUAUGAAACUUCAAGCUGAACGCUUGGCUCACUUGAACGCCAAGGGAACGCGACUUCGACUACUUCCUUCGGACGAAACCUCAACAGAUGCCGAUUUAACCAAUGGAGUGGUGGCUUUUCUUGCUGGGGAAAUCAAGGAGCUAGAAACGCGCCUUCGUGCUAAGCGAGCUCUCAUUGAAGAAAUUCGGCAUCAUAUUGGCCCCUCAUCCACUACUUGUCAAGAGGACAAUUCCCUGCUGACAAUGUCAAUGCGUCGCGAACUUAGCGCUGUUUCACCUCAUGCUGAGGACGAGAUCAAGCAGAGUGAUUUUGUAAAGCUGUUGAACACGGAUGACAAAUUGGUUGCCAAAAGUGACACUCUUGGUGGAUUGGUGACGGUUGCGUCGUCGCCUCGUUUUACUUGUGAUGAAUUGCGUCAAAUCCUUCUCGAGUGCAUGCAGUUGGAGUCGAGGAUCCUUCAGCUCCAGGAUUAUUUGGACAUCUAUCUACGUGCUGGCCUCUCAAACAGGAACACUCAAGACAACGAGUCAGCCAUACGCAUUCCCCAUUCUCCACACCUCUCAACUUGCACCUCACACCUCUUGUGCCUUCGCUUGCCUGCUGCCACCGCAAAACCAACCCUCGAGUCAGCACUUCAACUUGAGAUGCAAUGCCCAUAUAUGGUGGGGAAGGAAAUAGGACACGUCGCCGCGCUGCAAUGCUUGGUGCGACGAACGAGAAGACAUGCGAAACAACCAGUCAAGAAGGAGGAGGCGGGAGUGGAGGAGGAGGAGGAGGAGGAGGAGUGCGUCGGAUGGGAUAGCGUAGUAGAAACUGAUGGAGGUGGAGGCCAGUUUGGGGAUGAUGAACCACCGGUUCAAGGUCCAAUCAACCGAGAACCCUACGAAAAGUCGCAUCCACGGUCGCGAUCUUCUGUCACCAUAAAGUUACUGUAA